UAACCACAACCAGAGGUCGCCAUCAGGCGCCCUUGACCUUUCUAGUGCAAUGUAAAAACCUUUCCACCUACAUUGUCCAGUCUCCUGGCCAUUAUGAAACGCGUGUCAAGUAUCAGAGCAACGUGACGUUCACCCUCCUGUAUCUUGUGAUCCACCAAUGCACUAAAUGGAAUAUAGUUACCUGAAACACAUAAGCAUGAGGUUCGUGUCCCUGCUCUUCGGGUUAUGGCGGAAGGAGGUAAAGAAGUAUUACGCCGUCAUUGUCUUGCUGGUUCUCAUGGUGGCAGGAUUCAACGUUACAUCCGUCUUCCUCCAAGUUCAUCAAGCCAGACAAGAACCGGCUCUUCCCAAAGACUUUCAAGAAUCAAGAGUGGUCAAAAUGUCUGUGGAUCAAAUUUACAAAGAAAGACUCCAGUAUGUAAAGAGUGAAUGCCGACAUUCUAACAAAGGAUCUGUGGCCAAAAUAUAUCGCCAUGACAAAUUACAUAUUGCCUAUUGUCCUGUAGCUAAGAUAGGCAGCACUUUCUGGAAGAGAGUGUUUGUCUUUUUACAUAAUGACACCGGAACCUUUUCUGUAAAGACUCCCUUUGAGAUCCCUCGCGCAUUCGUUCACUAUGGAAAGAAAAACAAGACACAAAUUUCACCCCUGGAUGAAGAUACCAAGAAGACGAUCUUUGGUAAUUACACCAGAUUCAUGUUUGCCCGCGAUCCUUAUUCUCGGCUGUGGUCUGCAUACCUUGAUAAAUUUUUUCUUCCCGACUUUUGGAGGAGUUUUGCCUUGCAUAUUACAAGACAGCGGUAUGACCCAACAAUUGAAGCAAGGAAGUGUGGCAAUGAUGUCAGUUUCAGUGAGUUCCUUGAAUAUGUAGUGUCUCUUUUACCAGAAAAUAUGAAUGAGCAUUGGCAGCCCAUUCAAUACAAAUGUGAUCCGUGCCAAUUCAAGCCAGACGUCAUCGGGAAACAAGAGACUUUUGGUGAUGAUUCCAGGUAUAUCUUGCGAGGAAUUGGAGAGGAGUGGAUUAUGAAUACCUUUGACCAGGAUACACAUAUUGAAGAAGAAGUUAGUAUGCUUAUAGAUUAUAACUUUGCUUUAAUUGCAAAAAGUCGGUUCUACAGGGACUGCACGUCAAGAGCAGAUAUAGCCAGAAGAUUAUGGCAAGUGUUUCAACUGAAUGGCUACCUCCCUAUCGACGAAACCGCCGAGAGCGUUGUCACAAAAAUGUCAAAUACAUUUUUAGAUAGAGAUAUAUUUAAGACCUAUGUUUUAGAAGUAUAUCGUGGAACUCCUGCCGAGGGAAGGAGGGCAUGGAAACAUCAGAGGAAAGAGGCAAUAAUCGGAGCCUACAAAACUGUUCCUUUGACACUUAUCAAACAAAUUACUGAGCUAUUUUCAAACGAUUUUGAAACAUUUGGAUAUGAUACUGCACCACCCAAUAAAAGAGACGCAUAAUCAA